AUGGACGUUGACAUGUCGGGCGACAGCGGCCAGAACGGCCAUUCUCCCGCGAAAUCGUCACCUGGUGGCAAUCACAACACUGCUGCCAACGCUGCUGCCACCGCGGCCGCCAACGCAGCAGUGAGUUUUAGAAGACAACGCGCAUCCCGUGCAUGUGAGACCUGCCAUGCCAGAAAAGUUCGUUGUGAUGCCGCCAGUCUCGGCGUGCCUUGCACCAACUGCGUCGCAUUUCAGAUCGAAUGUCGUAUCCCCAACCCGAAACGAAAGAAGGCUCAGAGUAACGCUGGCCAAACCAGCAAAGACUCUGACAGUGACCGCGGCGACGGAGAUGAACGAUCACAAACCGGAACAUCCAUCGGCUCUGCUACAUACCCGCAACCACCGACAGUAUCGCACUCGAUAGAAGGCACACCUCUGACCCUUCUGACAGAGGCACAAUCACGCAAACAGGACAUUGAUACAGGCACUUACCUGAACAUGGUCAUGAAGCCCAAGUUCACUCGUGCACCCAUCACUGAGGCUGGCCGUGUUGCAUAUCUGGGCGAAUCUUCCAACCUGACUCUCCUCGUCCACGAUCGACAAGGCUCCGCCGAUGUCGUACACUACCCGCUCCCUGAAAAUGUUAGAGGCUCUCGUGCCAGACUAACCGAACUGGACAAUGUCGAGAUAGACAUCUUGCACCAAAGGGGAGCAUUUCUGCUCCCUCCCCGAUCCCUAUGCGACGAACUCAUUGACUCGUACUUCAAAUGGGUCCAUCCUAUUGUCCCCGUCGUCAACAGAGCUCGUUUCAUGAAGCAGUAUCGCGAUCCAAAAAAUCCUCCCUCACUGCUGCUCUUACAGGCUGUCCUUCUCGCAGGCACACGGGUUUGCAGCAAUCAGCAGCUCAUGGAUGCCAACGGGUCGACUACCCCGGCUGCCCUGACCUUCUACAAGCGCGCCAAGGCUUUGUACGAUGCCAACUACGAAGAUGACCGCGUUACGAUUGUCCAGUCUGUCUUGCUCAUGGGCUGGUACUGGGAAGGCCCCGAAGAUGUGACUAAGAAUGUUUUCUACUGGAGCCGUGUUGCCACCAUUGUUGCUCAAGGAUCUGGCAUGCAUCGCUCGGUCGAGCAGUCUCAGCUGAGCAAAUCCGAUAAGCGCCUGUGGAAGCGAAUUUGGUGGACGUUAUUCACUCGCGAUCGUUCCGUCGCAGUCGCUCUCGGCCGGCCCGUUGGAAUCAAUCUCGACGAUUCAGACGUCGAGAUGUUGACAGAAGACGACUUCAUUGAAGACGAGUCUGGCAGCAACUCUGAGUUUGCACCUGACCAAAUACACGUGCAGUUCUUCCUGCAAUACGUUAAGCUGUGCGAAAUCAUGGGCUUGGUGCUAUCACAACAAUACUCGGUUGCAUCAAAGGGUCGACAGCGGAAUGCUAUUGAUCUCACGCACAGCGACAUGGCCCUGGCAGAUUGGCUACAAAACUGUCCAAAAAUUGUUUACUGGGAGAUGCCACGACACCAUUUCUGGUCUGCUUUGCUCCACUCCAACUACUACACAACGCUUUGUCUUUUGCAUAGGGCACACAUGCCUCCCAAUGGCGGACCGAGAACUCUUGACGACUCGCCAUACCCAUCAAGAAACAUUGCCUUCCAGGCUGCGGCAAUGAUCACUUCAAUAGUUGAGAAUCUCGCGGCCCAUGAUCAGCUUCGAUAUUGUCCUGCUUUCAUCGUGUAUAGUCUGUUUUCUGCACUGAUCAUGCACGUGUAUCAGAUGCGGUCCCCCGUUCCGUCUAUUCAGCAGGUCACUCAUGACCGACUACGGAGCUGUAUGCAAGCGAUGAAGGAGGUCUCGAGAGUAUGGCUAGUGGGUAAAAUGGUGUACACGCUGUUUGAGUCCAUCAUAGGCAACAAGGUGCUUGAAGAGCGCUUACAAAAGGCUGCAGGCAAACGUCACCGCAAAAUGCAGCAAAGCAUGUCUAAUUUGGACCAACACAGCAAGGCGCAGCAACAGCAGCAGCAGCAGCAGCAGCAGCAGCAGCACCAACACCAACACCAACAGGAUCAAAGUAAACGAAAAUUUGAUGAUAUGACCAUGGACUUCACCGCAAAUGCACCGACACCACAGGAAUCCUACGAACGAUCGCGUCCGCAAACGCCGAGUGCUGUCAGGGUCGACGGAGGUCCUAUAGGCGGACCUCCGACUGGCCCACAAGCGAGUAUAUCACCUCCACCGCGACCAGCAAAUGAUACAUUCAUGGGAGGUACCAGCUCGCGACCACAAACGCGGCCUGCAACGCCAUUCAAUCCAUCCUUUUCGGUUCCAGCCACACCGCCCGAUCUGUAUUUGGUUACUCGAAAUUCUCCCAACAUUUCGCAGACGCUUUGGGAAAAUUUCCAGCCAGACCAGCUGUUUCCUGACAGCACGGGUAUUCCCAACAUAUCACCAUCGCAGACGCAUCAAAACAUCGAUCCAAGCGGGCUGGGACAUGUGCCGGGCGGAGUACCUCCGGCGCAGUUCCAUCAUCGUGGCACCGGUGGCCAAGGCAAUGGCAACGGCGCCAUGCCAGUGCCAGGCUUCGCUACACAUGCAAACAUGUGGCAGAAUAGUUUUGACGCCCCCGGGCAGGAUGGACAGAGCCCAGACAGUUGGAGCACAGGCUCAGCUGCAGGACAGCCAGUGCCGACGACGCUCAACGUUGAAGAUUGGUUCCAAUUCUUUGGCAUUCAGGGCGAUCCAAGUCAAUUGAACCUUGAUACGCUUGGAAACAACAAUGUUGCGCCGAAUCUUGGUAAUGCAACUGCAAGUAACAACCAAUAG